AUCAUGAUUGGCAAGACUGUGGCUGCUGUCCUGACCCUGCUCCUGCUCUCAGCACUUGGAACACAAGGUGAGGCGGUGCCACGCUCAGCCAUUGAACUCCGGUGCCAGUGCAUAAGCACCCAUUCCAAAUUCAUCCAUCCCAAGUUCAUCCAAAACGUGAACCUCACGCCCAGCGGACCUCACUGCAAGAAUGUUGAAGUCAUAGCUACCCUGCGAGAUGGCAGAGAAGUGUGCCUGGAGCCCAGUGCUCCCUGGGUGAAGCUUAUUAUCAAGGCAAUUCUGGACAAGGCCAACACCAAACCUGAGGCAGUGUAUUAA